UGCUAAUACGUUUUGAUAGAUAAGUUAGUUGACUAAAGAAUAAAAUAUAUAACGUUAAUUAUUUAACUCAUCGUGUUGUGCUAAACCUGUAACGUCAUGACUUUCUUUUUUCCUGAUUUAUUUUACGUGUAAAAAAAUGUGAAUAGUGAUGAUAACUAAAGCUGUCAUUCUGUCCGUCAUCGCGACAUUUCUCGUGCACUAUCGAUUUUUAAUGUUCCUUCCAGUGGGCUUUUGUCAAAGUAACGUUUGGUGAAAGUGAAUGAUAAAGCUGCACGUGUGUUUGUGGGUUGAAUUUGUGUUCAUUUCUAUUCCAGCAGCCCCAUUCCUUCUAAAGAUGUCUCUGAGCACAGUACAGUCCACCGUAUCCACUCUGAAGUCAUGUCAAACAGAUAUUGCAGCUUGUAUGGACAUGAUAUCAGACGUUGCGCUGGGAAUAGUUGAAGCACAAGGUAUGGAUAACAGUUCAGCUCUAAAGAAACUGGAGGACAUGAUUCUGGAGUGUUCCAGACUGGACAGAGAAAUCAAUUGUUUUGUGGACUCUGUUGAUGAGAUGACUGCCCAGGUCACACAAGAACCUCCGGAGGCCAUGGUUAAUCUAAGAAACUCUGUAAAGGGCCGUUUCACUGAAUUAAUGGCUGGAGUUUCAGACACAGACUUGCAAAGGCACAGCAAGGUGGUUGCCUUCAAAGACAGUGUCAGGAAAUAUGCCAUGCAAGCAGGUCAAACUCCAGAUGAGAACGAAGAGGAGGAACUGGAUGAGGAUAUUGCAGUUACACAGAGCCAGACAAACUUCAUCUGUCCUCUCACCCAGGUUGAGAUGGUCAAUCCAAUGAAAAACAAGAAAUGCAAUCAUUACUAUGACCAAGUGGCUGUACUUGAAAUGAUUAAGUGCAAGCACAAAAAUAGGAAGACAUUUCGCUGUCCAAAGGUUGGCUGUGAUAACAAAGAUGUUCGGGAGUCGGACCUCGAGUUGGACUUGGUUAUGAAGAGAAUGAUCCAGAACCACAAGAGACAGAGCGGAAAAACUUAAGCGGACUAAAUCAGUCGCAGAUGUUACUUGUUCUGUUUAAAAUGGUUUGCCUUAAUUUAAAUUUAGAACUGGAGGCUUUUUUAUAAAUAUGGUUUGUGUUAUAGUUAAUGUGUAACAUUUCAAACACAUUGGAAGUUCAUGUUUGUAAUAAAAAUAUAAAUGCACUAUGCUUACCAAUGCUGACUUUUUUUAAAUAAACAAGAAAUAUUUGUUCCUUCUCAAUUGUC